UGUCACUUUUCUGCGGAAUAACCCUUUCAUAUAGACCUAUUUACGUCAAAACUGCGAAUGGGAACUUUUACACAACCCAGCAGAGACCUAUAUACAAGAUAAUAGAAUUUGCACAUUAUUUUUUAGAAUCUGCUCAUAUUUUCUGUAUCAUCUGUGAUUCGGCCCAAGACGCCAUAUCCUGUUGCUGGUUUUGUUCGAGAUCCGUGAUACUGAGCGAUACCAAGCAAGAAGCAACAAAAGAGGCAAAAGCUUGAGAAAAUGGCUGUGUUUGCAGCUGCGGCGUUGCUCGAUGAGCUUAUGGGCAGAAAUAGAAAUAUUGCGCCUAAUGAUAAAGCGAAAGAGUUGAAUUGGGAAGAUCCUGAGUAUUGCAAGCUAUACAUGGUGAAAUUUUGCCCUCACGACCUUUUUGUAAAUACGAGAGCAGACCUAGGACAGUGUGCCAAGGUUCACGACGAUGAGGUUAAAGCUCUAUACGAAAAAUCCAAUAGUUAUAAAAAACAACAGUAUGAAGACGAAUUUAUUCGAUUCUGCCAGAGUAUGUUAAAUGAAGUGGAAAGAAAAAUUGUCAAAGGCAAACAGCGGCUUGCCCUUAUUGGAAAAGCUGAUGCUAUAUCACUUUCACCAGCCCAAACCCAAAGAAAUGAGGAGCAGAUCAAAUUUUUAACAGAGAAAAUUAACAGUUUGGUAGAUGAGGCAGAACAGAUGGGAAUCCAAGGAAAUGUGGAGCAGGCUCAGGGUCUCAUGAAGCUGUGUGAUCAACUGAAAGAGGAGAGAGAGCAGUUGCGUGGUAACAAUGAAAACAGCCACUGGCAGCAGACUGCAGAACUAGCUGCUGCUCAAGAGAAACAAAUGGAAGUCUGUGAUGUAUGUGGGGCAUUUCUCAUUGUUGGUGAUGCCCAACAACGAAUAGAUGACCACUUGAUGGGUAAACAACAUGUUGGUUAUGCUAGAUUGAAGAUGGCCAUGGAAGAAUUGAUUAAUAAUCGCCAGAAGUCGCGCGAUGACAAGGAGCGGAAAAGAGAAGAAGAUCGUCGGGAGCGCACACGUUUGCGAGAAGAAGAAGAGCGUAAAAGAGAGCGAGAAAGAGACCGGGAGAGAGAAGAGCGUAGAAAGAAAAGAGAAGAAGAAGAACGAAACAAAAACCGGCCAAAACACAGAUCAAGAAGUCCCAGGAUGUAUCGCAGUUCCAGUCGUAGUCGCAGUCGCACAAGGAGAAACAGCCGGGAAAAGGAAUACAAUAGAAGGAAUGCAAAGAGUUGUGAGGAAAGAGGAACCCGCAGUAAGUCAAGAGAUCAAAAUCGAGAUCAUAGACGAAAAGGAGGGGAUGAACAUGAUAGGGAGCAUCAUCGGAGGUCUAACAAGGAUCGGGGUUUGAAUGGAGAUUAUGGUCGCCAUUCCUCACCAACUCAUCGAUCCUCAGGUCGUCAUUAUCAAGACUCCAAGGUGGGCAGGAUUAGCAGUGGUGGUGCAGAUGCGGGCCGCGGAGAUGAAUAGCCAGUUAUCACCCAUAGCACAGACACCCACAUUUAGAAUCAGUGAGUGACACUGGCUCACAGCGAUGCAUACUUCUGCUCAGCCUGCUUGUGAUUGGUUGGUUUAGACCGUGCCGGUGUUUACAACAGGAUAUUGCUCAGUUCCAGGUGACCCCUAUAGCUAACUUAGUUUAAGGCAUCUCAUUAAUUUUUGUUAAUGGCCCUUAAUGAAUAAAUUAAAGACAAGUUAUAAAUAGUUAGAGGAUUUCAUAUGUUAAUGAAAAUAACUAUGCUUAUGUAUUUUGUAUAUUUCUUGCCUUCAAAGUCUCAAGUUUUAUGAUACUUGAGAUUUGAGGUUCUCAUGUCAGCAGGUAUGAAGAUGGAUUGGUACUGUGAUUAAUGCUGUUAUAGUGCAAGCUGUCUCAGAAAAUUAUAUGACUAACAUUUUCUGUCACUUUGAGUAAAGCGGAAUUUAUAUUAAUACAUGAAUGAAUUAAUUUGUUUUGGAAUUACAAUAAAAUUUAUUUUGUUUUGUAAGCAUAUGUUUGUUUUAAAUAUGUGGACAAUACUUGCUUAUCCAGUAGUAAAUGUCACAUUGAAAGUUGCCAUUUCAAAAUAUUGUAAGCAGUUCUUGCAGAAACUUGAGACUUACAGAAGGAAUUAUAAAUUUGUCAGAAAAUUCCACAUUAAUGCAAAGGUGUCACUAAUGGGAGACAGUUUUAAAAAUGGUGUUUGGUUAGUUGUUUUCUUCUUGUGGUGGGUACCAUUUUAAAAUAUCUUUGUCAACAAAUGCUUGCCAGUUUUGUUGAGGGGUGUUCGAGUACUUCAACAUUUUCAAGUUUUUGGUUUUGAUUGCUAAAAUAACUUAAAAAUUGUAAUUUUUAUUGGAAAAACUCGCACAUCCCUGAACUUUGUGUGUUUGUUUUACUGCAGCUCAGAAUUUUGGGGUAGAUUUUGGUAUUUUAAUUCCAGCAUUGUAGACAGUCACUCAUACUCCUAGGUUCUCCAAUAACAGUGCGUCUGCAUUGGGGGAGGCAAAAUACAGCAACAUUUUUCCCCAAUGGUGUGUGUUAAUGAUGGAUCUCUUUAGAGGUAUUUAUCAUCGGAGGAUCCCUUCAUUUGUUUACACAGAUUAUAAAAGAAUGCUUUUUGACACCCAUAAACACAUCUGUCCACAGUUGAUUGUGUGUAUGUGGGUGUUGAUUGACCUUACCUUAACUUGGCCAGUUAUAAAUUUUUCAUAAUUGUUUUCGUUUUAAACGUAUGUCAACAUUUCUCAUGUCCUCUAUACCUUUAAGAUAUAAUCUGGAUAUUUCAGUUACACUUGCAGGAAUUCUUGUUUGUGUGAUACACUAGUAGUACAACAGUAAUUAGGUAAAAUAAUUUUAUUUUGUAUGGUAUAUGACAUAAUAAUGCCAUGUUUAUAAAUGUUUAAAAUCUCUAAUUGAAAAGCAGCAUUUCAUAUGUUAUAAAAUUAUGAAUAACAUACCAUUUUCAUGUUCUUGGAACUUCUUACUGUGUAGGUGUUGAAUCAUAAAUUCAUCUCAUUUGAUACUGUAAAUAAUUUGUUAUAUUAAGUUAAAGUCAUAUUUUUAUGUUUUAAUGAAAAUAACUUUCACAUUAUAUUUACUAUUAAUUUGCUUAAAUAUGAGAAAUAACAGCUUUAGAUAAUGAGAGUUGGGGCUGGAUGUUUAUAUUAUCAUGUGAGAUAUCAUAGAUACAAGUCUUUGAAGAAUAGGACAAUUUUAUUUAUAAUUCAUAUGACAGAUUUCGCCAUAAUAUUUUUUCCAAAAAACGUUUAACUAGUUAUAUUAAGUAGUCAUGUAAAUAUUUAGCUGUGUUUGGAUUAGUUUGUUACACAGCAGUGUAACGUGUUUCAUGUUACAGAUGGCAUAGUUAGAAAUGGAUUGCAAACAUGUUGUGUGUUUGUUAUUUGCAUUUAGCAGUUAACCCUGAGACAUGGCAAUUGAGAACUAUUGGAUGGCUGAAGGAUUCCAAGAGGAAUGAAUUUUCUUGGCCAAGUUAAGUGUGCUGGUAAUAGUGGAAUGCUGUUCAUUUUAGAUGAACAUUUACCUUCUUUGUGUAUAUAUGAAGUGUGCUUACUUGGGAGUAAAGUAAAUUUUAUCCUGCAUAACAUUGAAUCUAAUAUUUCUGCUUUAAAGUUAGUAUUUACAGCAGCAAAGGUUUAUAAUUCUCAAAUAAUAUUUUACUUUUAUAUAGAUGAGAGAUACAUUUAUUACUAUAAAUAUACAAGAUAUGGAGUUUUGUUUUGAACAUAUAGGUUAGAAGAGCCAAGUAGGAUUGUUUAUACUGUUUAUAAAAUAUCUUAAAUUUAUACAUUCAUUGGUCAGGUGGUUUGAUAUUUUAGUAUGUUAUAAUAACGAAACACAAUGAAUAUAACUGUAAUGUGCCUAUAUCGAGGUGCUGAUUUGUAAAGGCAGUUCAAAUGAUAUGAAUCUAAACAAUGACAUAGUUUAUGUGCAGAAAAUGUGAAAAUUUGGAAGUGUUUUUACAAAUUCUGCACAUGAUAGAAAAUGUUGGGCUAGUUUUUUUUUUUUCAAUAUGACAUACAAGCAGAUGAUGGUAGUACAUUUUAUAGCUUUUAAUUUAUAUGACAUUUUAUUCACACAUUAAUCAGGGAUAAUAAAUUAGUCAUUUUGCUUCCCUUUAUGGGUGGCAUAAACUAUCAUUUUUAACUCACAGCUCUAGGUUACUAAAGUUCAGAUUACUUUUGAAGGACUGGCUUGCCACGUCCAUAGCUGAAUUAUGCAUUAUUGUUACAGUUAAAUAACAUGAAACCUGCUGCAUGUACAGUUGCUAUUAGUACAGUCUAAUAUUAAAUAAAUGUUAUCACUUAGUUACAUUGAUAACUUCAAGUCUUAAAUAUAUUUUUUACUUAAGUCUCUUGUGUUAAUUCAUUGAAGGGAAAAGUUGCACUAUUUGAUAUGAACAGAAUAGAAUAGAAUAGUCAUUCUUCAACUGUUCAAAUGGAAAAUAAUGGGCAUUACUAAAUCUGCUUUUUACUUUCCUCCCCAUUCCUGAAGUAAGCACAUGCUUGUCCCCCAGAAAAGGAUGUGGUGUUGUUUUAUCAGGAAAUUAUUUUUAUUUUGAAUCUUUACAGCUUUGUAAUUCUGGUAGGUGUCGAGUCUUGUGAAGAAUCAAAGUCAGAUUCACACCAAGAAAAUCUAAAUGAAGUGACAAAUACUGUUCUUCCAAUCCCAACUGCAACAUUGGGAAGCAUGUUGGAAUGUAACUGGAGUCAACAUUUGGCAUUGGCUGUUCAACGUUUUGCAAGGUGAAUCUAGUAUUUAAGUCUUGACAUUGUAGAUAGAAUUAAAAAAAAAUUGAUGUAAAGAACAAUUUAAAUUUACACAUUCCCAGAUGUCUGUUCUUGAAGUAUGUGUAGCGAAAGAAAGAAAAAAAUUUGUUAGCUGCAGUGAUUUGGAUACGUAAGUUUUGCAUGUUUUAUUCUUGUUGCCAUCACAAGGAAAGAUAUGUUGUGUGUCUUAUGUUAGGCUUGUUUUCUGUUACACUUGUAAUGUUGAGUUGCACCUCUUACAUUGCAUAGAAUUUAAGAGUUUGUAUUAAAUUUAUAAGUUUUUUAUUUAUAGUUUUAUCUUACUUUGAAUCAAAAAAUAAAACGAAAAUGGAACAGAUGUAACGUUAAUGUCUUAUACAAACUUAAUUCUGGUGCAACUUUACAUCAGAAGCGCUCCAAACAAGAAAAAGAAGGGGGGAUGUGUAUUCUGCAGUAGAAUUCUUUCCUGGAUAUAGCUUCAAAUUUGGAGCUGCUUUUGUGAUGUCAUCAUGGAGUUCUUCUUUAAAAGGUAUGUUGAAAUCCUAAUUAAGCAACACAGUAAUAAUGGAAUUAUGUAAAUGCAUAUAAUAAUGAUUGAGUUUUUAUUUAGGACCAUUUGUAUGAGGUGUGGCAAUUAAAUAACUGGACUGGUUCUUUCAGAAUAGAAUAAACAAUUUAAAAAUGUCACCAUUAAUUUGUGAGGCCAUCUCUGUUUCCACAUGCAAUUCAAUCAGCGUCUUUGCUAUUCCUGGAAUUUGUUGGUGAAAGUCUUUCUGUAAUGUCACAUUAUGCUGAAUGUCUUAAAAUUCUUUAAUCAUUUCAGUUUCAGAACAUGAAAUCAAAUAGGGCAAGUAAUUUGGAUGUUCUAACUCUGGUUAAUUGUUCUCGGCCAAGAAUUACUUGACUAAAGGUGCUGUGUGAGAAGGAGCAUUGUUUUGGUCUAAAAUUGGUUUGUUCCUUGAUGAAUGUGCUACCAGAAAUAUCUUGAAGGUAGAAUUUUAGGUUAAGUGGUUUGGAGGAACAAAUUUGUAAUGGUUGGGUUUAUUGCAUUUUUGGACUUUGUCCAUCAUCCAAGGUUAAAGUGUGUACAACAAAACGGAUCCAGUUUUUGAAAUGUCAUACACAUUUUAACCUUGGACAAUGGACAAAGUCCAAACACCAAAUAAACCUGACUGUAUCACACCAUCAGCAAGUACCCUAAUCUAAAUUUAUAAUGGAUAUUUUAUCCACUAAAAAGCAGAGAUAAGUAUGGUUUUGAUCUUUGAUUUUGACUUACCAAUUUUUUGGUCCAAACACUGGAUUUUUCCUGUAUAAAAUUUGGUGUUCUGUUACUGGGUGGCCCAAAUCUCAUAACUAGCCCAGUUUUUGUUUUCCCAUCAGGUCCAAGUUCUUCCAACAGUCUUUCUGGAUGAUAUAUUUGUCAUUUAAUUGUCAGGCCUCAAAACCCCACAUCAGGUAAAAUCUAAAUUGACAGCCCAUUUCUUAAAAUUAUUUUGAUCCAAAUUCUUGAAACUAUUAAACCUCUUCCACUCCAUUUUAAGUACAUUAUUAUAUCCAUGUAUCUGUGUUUUGUAAUAUUGUCAGUAGAUUUAAUGUGCCUUGAUUGGGUUAUUUAGUGGUUCAAAAUUUAGGGAAAUAAUUAAUUGUACCACUUUUAAGUUUAAACUUUGUAGUACUUUUAAGUAAAAAAUGAAACACACAAAAAGAAUGAAACAAGAAUUGAACAUUUUGUAUUAUGUACUAAGUCUGUUUCUUGCAGUUUCUUUAUAUUUGAAGUUCACAUUUUUUUAAACUAAUGUUAAUAACGUUUAAUACUCAUUGCAAUGUUUAGGUAGCAUUUCAGUUCUUGAGACAAGAUGUUUGAAUUAUGUUGACAGUUCUUGUAUCAUUGUUUUGCUGACUUAAAAUUAUUUUUAAUUUAUGAGAAUACAGACAGUAGUUUGAAUAGGGAACAGCACAUGUUUUUCUUUUAAAUUGUGUAAAGAAAAUAAUGCUACAAUAAAUCACUUAUGAUUUAA